UGCCUCUGGAGCGUGCAGACGCCUCUGAGCCCCUCCAUACCGGGGUUUUCCUUCAGCGCUACCUGACCCGAUCCGUCUGGACAUACGAACGCAGCGCCAGCGUUCAACCCGCAGGUGUUCAGGUCUACAGUUCCUGCAGGGUUUACCGGUUGGGGACUAAAGAGUUUUCUUCUUUCAUUUCACACCUGGAGGCUGCAGAGCAGCAUGGACUUCACUCACUUCUGGCUUCUCGCCACCACUCUGAUGCUGAUCCAUCAGUUUCAAGCAUCUGACAUGAGCCCUGUGGCGCAGCAGGGCCCCCUCGCGCAGCUCGCCCACACAGCCCACCGGCGAGAAAAGCGCUGCUCCUGUGAGAACCAGAAGGACAAGGAGUGUAUUUUUUUCUGUCACAUCGGCAUCGUCUGGGUCAAUACCCCGAGCCAAGUGGUGCCGUACGGAUUCGGGUCGGUGCGUCUCCGGAGGGAGCUGCAGCGCUGCUUCUGCACCGACUCCCAGGACACCGAGUGUUUCAGCUUCUGCUCUGAGCACAAGCAAACACUGGAGGAAAACGCUGUUGUGAAGAGGAAGCCUGAGAAGAUGAAGAGCUACAGAACUGCAUUGUGGGAAAAAAGAAACCGGCACGCUCUCAAGCACCAGACCUGAGACGGAGGCGCUUCACCGCUAACACCAGCUCUUCAGAACCGAAGUCCUUCAAGUAUCCAAAGCAACUCAUAUUGGACCCUUUAGUACGUGACAGCGGUCCGGUCGUGUACAGAGACGAUUUUUGUUAAUGUGAUGAUGAUGAUGAUGUUUGAACUGGAGCUUUGAACACUGACAGGCUUUGGCUCACAAAAUGUAUGGAUAUGUGACCUUUGUGUUGACGCCGAUCCGGUUUUUAACUGUUAGAAAUAGCCGAACCGUGGAAACCUCAAACCUGAGCGUCCGGGGAGUUUCCACCGGAAAAAGUCCACAACUCUUUAUGUUUUGUCACAUUACAACCAUAAACUUCAUGAUAUGUUUUGGUUAUUUUGUGUGACGGGGCCGUUCACCUGAACACACUGAGCCUGGAGGUUCCCGGUGUCUCUGGAGGAGCUGUAGAGAACCACCGCUCAGGUUCUGAAGUUUCAGUGCAAAGGUUAGCUGCACACAACAGAUCUGGAAAAGAGAAGGAAAAUGUUGAAAUAAAACUGUAAAAAUCUCUUCUGGAGUUUAUGAAAAACCAGCAAACGUACAAGUCCAAGUAGAGCUCCAGUUAGCCACUAUACCUGCUGAGUUAGAAUGGUCUAGUCAAAGUACAAUUGAAAAUUUGUGACAAAACUUUAACAUCUAUUCAAUCUUGUUUAACUCAAGCUUUUUUUCUGGGAUGAUUUGUUCAGUUUUAGGAGAAUGAUUUCAUCCAUGCCACACUUUCUAGAUUUUUAUUCUUAAAUAAUUUUUCUUCCACUUCACAGUUAUGCACGAUGUUGAUAAAAUUCAUUUUGGUUUGCGGUUGUUAUGUCACAAAAUGUAAGAAUGUUUGAAGGGCAGAGACACUUUUCAGUCUUACUGCAUGCAGUGUGUUUGGUGCAGUAAAAGGGACAGAAUCAGACAAAUGAAAAAUUUGUCCUCAGUGACACAAGAUAAGUGUGAACAAGUAAAAUUUCACCUUAUAUAUAAUUAUCCCUGUAGUGUUUGCACCUUUUUCCAUCUGAAUUUUUCCUUCCACUAAACUUUCUGUGAAUGUGCUCGGAUACAACGCUCUGUGAACAACCAGCUUCUCGGUUGGUGUUGCAGAUGUUGAAAAUAAAUCUCUAAGAGGUUAUUUGGCUUAUGAUCCAGGACAUUGUGUGCAGUUCAAUUUUUUACCGAAAAAUGGCUCUGAAUACAGAUUUUUAUUUGUUUGUCUGACUUUUGUUUCUCUUACUCCAACAUACCACUAUCAGCAACAGGAUAAAAAACAUCUUUUAGGGUCAAAAGUGAAAAAUACAGUGUGGAAACAAGUGGAAUUCAGUUUUUCUUUUUACGUUUUGCAGUUUUUGAAGCUUUUCUUUGUAUUUUGGCUUCUUCUCAAUUUCAGACGAGUUUUUGUUACCAGCAACUCUUCUGAAAACAAUUUUGCUCUCAGACGUGGUUUUCAGUGUUUGACUCUGUAAGAUGUGAAUGAAGGUCCUUCAUGCUCUGAAUCUCCAUGAUAACAUUUAGAAAAGCUGCUCAUAUUUCAGCUUCAUCCUGACAAGGGAUUAUAAAUUAGAGAAAAACUCCAUUUGCUCAAAGACUAAUUGUACGAUAAUUGGGACUGUGAGGAUUUCACCUGCUGUCAGAGUUGCAGACUCACUGUGUGAAUAUGAAUAAUAAUAGUGAUAAUAAUAUAUCUGUCUGUAAAGAAAUGUUUUUGCUGCUUUGCAUAACGUUUUGUGUAUUUUUUCCAUGAAUGCAUGCAUCAAAGCAGCAGCAAAAGCUCUUUGCUGCUUCUCUGUGUUUAUAUCUGCACCUUUGCUUCUUCCUCUGACAUGUUAAAGCAUCCGUGAAGAAUAAUGCACACAGAUGGUAGAGUGUAAAAUAAAGUAUUUAUUUCAUGUCUAACCAUAAAAUCCUCUCCAUCUCUUCAUCGUGGUGAAACGUUGUCACUUAAAGAACCAAAACAGUCUGUAGAAAUAUGUUCAAAUCCUUUUGUUUUCUCUGAAAAUGAUACAUGGGAGAAAUUCAAAGCCAUUUUUGGGACGUAGUUCAGGAUGUUUGACCAGAAGGGGGCAGAAGAACUUCAGAAAACAUGUUAAAACAUGUUUUGUCCUAAUUCAGUCCUGAACAGCUGGUGUGCUACAAAGUUAGCUAGCAUUAAUUCUGGAGGUUCCCAGAGACACCGGGAACCUCCAGGCUCAGUGUGUUCAGGAAAAAAAGAAGAAAGAAUAUGUACGUUUGUGGAUCCUCGCUGCUGGUCCUGGAGCAACUGGGAGCGUUUCAACCUGGUGAGCAUGUUGGUGCUCACCAGGACUGCUUGAUUUCAACACUCACGGUCCAAAUGGACAUAAAGAAAAGAAUA